UGACAGUGUUAUUCUCUCUCAACAAUAUUGUCAGUAUCUCAUUACAGCACUGCAUUCAAUUUGUUUUGACUCGGGCAAAAUGAGAAGAGAGGAAUUCUACUCAUUCACGGAUGUUUAUGUGUCCUAAACUUUGUAGGGCUUAUCUGGGCUGAGUUUCCCUUUCUGUUUGCAGUAAUUCGGGUGUUUGAAUUCUCUCAACCAGUGAAGAUCAUGACAAAAUCACAGGCCAUGGCCGAAUGUUCAAAGCAGUGGGGAUCUGCAAAUUCUGAAUGGGCAUCUGCUCCCAAACAGACUAUUAUAUAUACCACAUUUGUUGAAACAGAUUCAGAUGGAUUCAGGGAGCUUGUGCAGAAGCUUACUGGUGUUUCAGAGGGGGAAAAGAUGCCUGUCACCAUGCCUGCAAGAAAUUCAAGAAAAGGGGGUGCACUUGCAGCAGUAGGAGCAGGGGUGAAAACAGAUUCUUGUGACAUGAUCAAGGGUGGGGUUGAAGUGGGUAUUCAGAAAUCAGGGUUUAAACUCCACCAGAGAAGGCAAUUUCAGAAGAAAAUAGAGACCAAGAGGAGUUUCUAUCAUGAACUUCACAAGCCCACAAGAUUAACAGGUAAUAACAAUGAUGUUUCAUUAUCUCCUGUAACUCCUAAAGCACUGAUUCCCAGCCCUAUCACUCCUCUUGAACCUGCUGAUCCAUUUAAUUCAUCACCAAGUUGUUGUUAUUCUUCUACUCCAACAUCUGGCAAUCAAUCCUCAUAUUUGGAAGAGGAAGAGCAAGGGUUUUAUUUUGAGGCUUCUGCAAUUAGUGUGAAAAGGGAACCAGAGUUGCUUCCCCUGUUUCCCCUGCAUUCUCCAACACAACCCAGAAGCACCUGAGUCUUGUAUAUGGUGAUAAUGCUUUUAUGGAACUUUUUGUGAGUGAUGAGAGAAUUUUUUCAGUGAUGUGAGGGUAACUUGAUUAUUAGAGAGAGGCAUCAUAGUCAUCACCGUUUUCAAGAUUAUUGACCUACAUAAAUAAGGUAAGGGAACUUUUUAAAUUUUUUAAUCUUUGAGGCUAUACCCUGUUCAUCAGGGCUUAAAUCUAUACUUCUUUAGGUCUUGACCUUUGUCAAAUUUAGUGGUGAUUCUACUCCUGGCCAGCAAAUGAGCAGGCUUUGAUGCUGGUAGAUGUAAAUCUGGAAUUCCAAGCACUCUGGGAUUCCCUAAAUCUUGUUAAUGACAUUGAUAAUUCUUGGCCCAGGUUUA